AGCACAGCUGGCUCUAAGGGCUCAAGGAAGAGGGGAAAUUUAAGCUGGGCCCAGCAGGAUGCAUACAAGUUGGCUAAGCAAAGGUGGAGGGAAGCAAGACACCAAAAUUCCACCAUAAACUACAGCACCCCGUAGACAUGGCCGGUAGUCGUGGACACUCACUUAGUCCUCACCCUCUACUAUAUGUCAGGAACUGUAAAUUACUAGAAAUAUAGAAAUAUAGGCACAAGUGAGACAGAAAUAGUCCUUGUCCUCAUGGAGUACAGUCUGGCAGGGAGACAAAGAAGAAAAAGUACACAAAGUCAUUACUGAUCGUGGCCUUUGCUGUGGAGGAAAUUGGGUUCUGACACAGGGGAUGAUGAUGGAGAUGCUCAAGUCCCCCCUGAUCAUCUUUGUGAUGGGUGGGCCAGGCUGUGGCAAAGGCACGCAGUGCAAGAACAUGGCGACAAAGUAUGGCUUCUGCCAUGUGGGGCUGGGCCAGCUGCUGCGGCAGGAGGCCCAACGCGGUACCCGGCGGGGCCAGAAGAUUCGUGAAAUCAUGCUACGGGGGCUCCUGGUGCCCACGGGUAUCAUCCUAGAUAUGAUCAAUGACAAAAUGCUGUCCUGCCCAGAGAGCCGGGGCUUCCUCAUCGAUGGCUUCCCUCGGGAGCUGAUUCAAGCUAAGGAAUUCGAGCGCAUUGUGGGCCGGCCCCCUGACGUCGUCAUGGUGUUUGACUGCUCCAUGGAGACGAUGGUCCGCAGAGCGCUGCACCGAGGCCAGGUGGAGCACCGGGGGGAUGACUGUGAGCCGGCCAUCCUCCAGCGCCUGGAGACGCACUACACCCUGUGUGAGCCUGUCUUCACCUUCUACCAGCAGAAGAACCUGCUCCGAAACAUCUUGGCAGAAGAAGCUCCAGAAAACAUUUUUGCUAAGUGCUGCUCUGUCAUCGAAAGCCUGCAGAGACUGGAGGGGGUUGGGGGCUGAUGCUCCCCUUACCCCCAAACCCACACAGGGCUCAGAAGAGGGGGCACAGGGCCUGCAAGGUAUGGCAUCUGAGGGGAGCCUGGGGUUCUCAGCUAACCACACGACCCCAGAGCAACAGCACGCCCCUUCCUGGCCCACAGUGCCACAGGGUGGGCUGAGGGCCACCAACACACUCCCACAGGGGCAGCUUCCUAGAGCCGUGGAAGGCCUCGAGAUGUGAAGAGCCCCACCUAGAGGCGGCACUGUUGCUGGCUCCUGCUUGGUGCUGCCAUUUAAGCCCCCGGGCCCAGGCACUGACUCUGAAUGUGCAAAGUGAUUUUUAAGUGUUGGUAUUCAAGCGUAAAUCCAAAAGGAACAGUGUUGCCACACUGUGUGCCUCAAGGUGACUGUCCCUGGGCCAGGCAGUUCAAGUGGGCCCCCAGUUCACCCUGCCAUCUCAUCCUUGGCAGGCCACGGCGUGCCGGCAAGCACUGGGACUGGCACCCUUUCCUUAUCAGGCCCGGUUUCCACGUCAGCGCUCACUAAUGAACCAGGCCACAGCGAGGCAUGUAGUAAGGCUGGGCCGGCUCCCGGGAGGCAGGGCCCGGGUUUGCUGUGGUGGCAGGCUGCAUCCAUGGGAACGCCUGCCCCCAAGGACCAUCCUCGGUGGGGAGGGAGCCUGCAGCACCAGGCCAGGCAGGCUGCUUCUCCUUUCCUGCAAGGCAAAACCCCAGGGCAGAGUCUUUGGAGGCCUGUACCCCAUUCUCUUUGGCCAAGUCUUGUUCUUCUAUAAACACACUGCGGCCAGCACGCAGUUUUAGACAAAAAGCACUUUAUUUAACAAAAACAAAAACAAAAAAAAUGGGGGGAGGGGGAAAAAGUUAUAGGAAAGCACAACGCCGCGCCUGCAGAAAACUAUUUUCUCUUAUAAUUCUGUUUUCUUAAAAACAAAGAAAAAACACAACACAAAGCUUGUAACUUCCAAUCACUGUUAUCAGGCUUGUACAACAUCUAUAAAGAACAAACAUCUGCUUCAAAACUCUACGGGGUGGAGAGACAGAGAGAAAGAGAGACGGCACCCAGCAGACAUGGGGAGGUUUUGUUAUCAUUUAUUUGUGAAGUUAAAAACGAGCGAUAAAAAGUAAAAACUGCCAUACAAUUUUUUUGUUUUGUUCUCAAUUUGUUUUCAGUUUCAAUGUCCUCUUGAACAGAUGAAACACGACAGACCAGUCCUGGGAGUGGGGGCACGGGAGGGGCCAGAGGGAAGCCAAGCUAGGACGGAAGGAGGAGCGAGAGGAGGAGCAGAGAGGCUGAGGGGCUGGACUGAUUGGGGGGGGGGUCCCACAAUAUCAACACCUGGUCCAAGGAAUGUUCCAACUCUAACUAAAAAAAAGAGAUAGCAAGAGUGACUUUUUUUCCUUUUUAAACGUUUAUUUUAAAAACAUGAAGAGGGCCAAGGGUGGUAGGGAGAAAAUGAAUCGCUUUCCCCUGAAAGAGGCAGUUUCAGGAAGGCUGAGGGGAGGUGGUAUAGAGAUUUUUUUAUAUAUAUAUAUAAUUUUAUAGGUUUUGUUUUGCUUUUUGUGUUUAUCUUAAAAAAAUUUUAUUUUUUGGCAGAGAUUUAGUUCUCGCUAUCUUCUAUGGCUGGCUCAACAUGAAGGAUCCCAAUUUUGAAAGGAAAAAAAAGAGCAUGUGAGACACACACAAUACGUGAAAGAGCAAGAGCCGGGCACUGACCUCCGAGCCACUCACAGAGAGGGCUCCCCUGCACACCCCCCCAAUGGUAGCCAUCGCUUUCUCACCAAACAAACAGAAAAAAACCAAAACAAAACAAAGCCCCCAAACAAAACAAAAUGAAAAAAAAAUAAUAGAAUUUUCACAGAUGAAGAAGUUCACAUUCAUUCGAUUCAUUGAGCCUGCGGAGAGGGAAGAGAUAGGAAUUGGUCACUACGAGGAGGGGAGGCAGGGGCGGGAGACGGGGAGCUGGCAAGGAGGGGGCCAGGAAGCCCCUCUCCCUAGCCGGUGGGUGGCCAGCAGGACGUGUCUGUAACUGUCUAGUCAAGUGCUCCAGGGACUCGGCUGAAGUCAGACUGGCUCCUUGAUGGAAGAGGAGAAAGAGGGACACAAAAGCGAGGAGGAGAGAAGCAGGGGCCGCAGAGCAGAGACAGAGAGAGAGAGAGAGAGAGAGAAGCCAAUUCGGGGUUUGGAGGGGAAGGUAGGCGGCUCCCGGCGCAUCACAACAUGAACAAUCUCAGAGAUCACGGUGUCCCCACAACACCCCUGUGAGGUAGGUUGGAAGGUGGCAGCGAUCGUCAUGCCCACUUCACAGACAAGACUGGGACACAGAGACGGGCGCCAGAGCAGAGGCCCAGCCCAGGCGGAGUGGGUGGGGGGCCCCAGGGCCGUCCCCUUGGCAGGCUCCCCGAGUCCCCACCGGAGCCAGGGCCGCCCCGUGCUGGGGCCGCCUACACAGUCACUUGGACACCGGGAUGGGGAAAGAUCGUGGGCUUAAAAAUAAAACAAAAAGAACAAAAACCAAAAAAGUAAUGCAGAGAAGGGAAAAAUGAUCCGUUUUCUUCCCAAGUGGCCAGAUUCUGAGUUAGCAGCCAGGAUGGUGCCCAACGUUUCAGCGGCCGGCUGGCCUGCCCCACCCCCAGGACUACCCACCAGUUCAACAGUUCCACCUUUUAUCUGUCUCGCGCUCUCCCCCAGCAUCACGACAGACAGCGUUACACAGGAACAAGCGGGCCGGCGGAGGGAGGCCUCUUCUUUAACCUCUGGACCCAGCGCACACUUCCCCCGGCUCCUGGGGACUCCCGGAGACCUCCGGCCACAUGGCCCCCGCUGCAGGCAUCAAGGACACACCCCGCAGGGGAAGGGAUUUCCGGCGCUACCCACUAAGGCAGGAUGGACGGUGGCCGGGGGUUGGAAAGAAAA